AUGAACGUCAGUCUGAUCAAUGCUUAUUUUGAAGCCACUGAGGGUGAAACAAAAACAAAAAAGUACGCCGAAAAACUGGCAGGAAUUUGGGCGGAGUCACACCCAGGAAAACCAUUCACGGGAAAACACCUCAUAGCCCAGGUGAAAAAUAUAAAGACCAGAAAACUUCUAGCGCUGGACGAGAUCGAAGCAAUUAAGGCAAACAUAGCGAGAAAUUCAAUGGGCGGAACGGUCGAGAACAUAAGAAGGAGCAUACAACGGAGAAGCACAACAGCACAACCACCGACCGAAGAAGAUGAGAGGGAACACCAACUAAUAGAACCUGAAUUCGAUGAGGUCGCAAGAGGAAUGAGGACGCUCUACCAGCAAGUCACCAUGAAAUGGGAAGGAAUAGAAAUAGAUAGAAGACCCAAAAUCCCAAGAAUUGACCAAAACCAGAAUACCCGAGAAACUGUUCAAGCCGUUAACAACGCCUUAGGGCCAGAAUUCAAAAACGCGAGGAACCUCGAAGAGCUCUGCCACACAGUCUACUGCGCUGCGACAGUAACCAGCAUCAUCCUAAAAAUCGAAGACAAAAAGACAACACAAGUUAAACGUCACCAACAAAGACCACCAUGGGAAGAAAGAAUACAGAAGAAGAUAAUCAAUCUUAGGAAGGAAAUAGGAGUAUUACAUGCAUACCUAAACAACACAAGCCCUAGCACGAGAGUCGAAAAUAAGAUAAAAGAAUAUACUCGGAAACUCAAACUCAAAAAGAAAGAACCACAAUACAAGGAGAGAAUAAAGACGUACACAGAAGGCCUUAAACAAAGGAUCGCAGCAUUAGGAAACAGAUUGAGGAGAUACAAUAAGAGGACUCAAAGAUACCGAGACAACAACCUGUUCGCAAACAAUCAGAGGCAGUUCUUCAGGAAACUGGACGAAGACAAGAACGUACAAACAACGAAAACCCCGUCCCCAACCGACAUGCACAAGUACUGGUCGAAGAUUUGGUCAAAUAAAGGAACACAUAACACAGAGGCAACAUGGAUUGAGCAAGAAAAAAAGAAACACGCCAAUCUUCAAGAAAUGUCCACGAUGAACAUAGAAGAGGAAGACGUCAAGAACACAAUUAAGAGAAUGAAAAACUGGACUACUCCCGGCAUAGACGGCAUACAUAACUUUUGGUGGAAAUCGUUCUCACACACGCAUCAAACACUAGCACGACUGAUACAAGAGGCCAUAGAAAAUCCCAACAAGAUACCGAAGUACUUUACACACGGCACGACUCUCAUGCUCCCAAAAAAAGGUGACCUGACACAGCCUGAAAAUUACAGACCCAUAACAUGUUUACCGUCAGCGUACAAAAUAAUAACCUCUACCAUAGGACACAAGAUUCGAACCCACCUAAAAACAAACAACAUUAUGGCAUGGGAACAGGCAGGAUGCAGAGAGAACGGGCGAGGAAGUAAGGAACUUCUGAUGAUUGACAGCAUCUUAACGAGACAGGCAAAGAGGAAACUGAAGAACUUAUCAAUGGCCUGGAUCGACUAUCGGAAGGCAUACGACUCGGUGCCCCACUCGUGGCUAUUGGAAGUCCUGGAAAUAUACAAGGUGGACAAGAAAAUAAUCAAUUUAAUAGAAAGCCUACGGUCAAUGUGGCGCACAACACUUACAGUCAACACCGAGAGGACCAAAUACAACACGGAGGAAAUAAAGAUCGAAAAGGGCAUAUUUCAGGGAGAUGGACUAAGCCCGCUGCUAUUUUGCCUCGCUCUGAAUCCUCUAAGCAACAUGCUGAACAGAUCUGAAUACGGCUACAAAAUAGAAGAACAGAAGAAAAUAACACACUUAUUUUAUAUGGACGACCUCAAACUGUACGCUAGAGGAAAAAAACAACUAGAAGGAGAGCUUGAACUCGUACGGAGGUUCAGCACAGACAUAGGGAUGAGAUUCAGUCUGGAGAAGUGUGCAACGGUGGAGGUAAAAAGGGGAAAAUUGGUGGAAGGCGAGAACAUCAGACUGGCAGAUGGACGAGAGAUGGCGAACAUGAAGGCGGAGGAUAGGUACAAAUAUCUUGGCAUACAGCAAACGUACGAAAUUAAACAACAAGAAAAUAAGAAAGCGGCAGAAACAGAACUCAUAAGAAGAACAAGAAAGAUAGUCAACUCACAAUUGUCCGCCAAAAACAAAAUAAACGCCAUCAACAUCUGGGCUAUACCCACAUUUACGUACACGGCUGGAAUACUAAAUUGGUCGAAAACAGAUUUGGAGAACUUGGACAGACGAAUAAGAACAACACUCACACAACAAGGCAUGCUACACCCAAACUCUGCGAUAGAGCGGCUCUACUUACCUCGAAAAGAAGGAGGACGCGGACUCAGCAGCCUGGAACAUACCUGCCUGAAAGAGGAAAAAAAAAUUAACACAAUACUUCGAAAAAAACAACUUACCUCUCCAUCAAUGGAUAGCAGCACAGCGCCGAAUUGCCUCAACAUCCAGAAAUAUACAAGAAGAAGACCCUGCGGAAAAAUUAAGGAACAAAUGGAAAUCCAAAGCGCUGCAUGGCAGAUUUUUCAAUAG